UAAUCAAUCCACGCUGCUGACUUAUACGAUGAUCUCGGAUUUCCUGGUCAGAUGAGAUAACACGGAAAACACAUAAGCAAAUCAUCACUCUCACUCAAUCUCAUCAGACGUCUGUUGUUAAUUUAACUUAGACGGCCCGGUGAUCGCACCGAGUAAAGGAUUAAAUUCAAGUUAUCAGUGUGUUGUCCCUGUAUCCGUGUUAAAGAUGUCUGUGUCCGCCGGCGGUUCUGUAUCUCCGGGCUCGGGCCUCUCCUCCGGUCCCGCCGCGGCUCCCGGCUCCGGUAUGUCCAUGUUCCGCUGGCUGGAAGUGCUGGAGAAGGAGUUUGACAAGGCGUUUGUGGACGUGGAUCUGUUGCUGGGAGAGAUCGACCCGGAUCAGGCUGAUAUCACAUAUGAGGGCCGUCAGAAGAUGACCAGCCUCAGCUCGUGUUUUGCUCAGCUGUGUCACAAAUCCCAAACCAUCUUUCAGCUCAACCACAAACUAGAGGCUCAGUUGGUGGACCUACGGUCGGAGCUGACAGAUGUCCAGUCGGAGAAAGCUGUGGUGGAGGAGGUGGUUCAUGAACAGCUUCUUCAACUCCACGCCAUGCAGCUCAAACUCCAAGCCAAAGGCGGACAGGCGGUCGACUCGGACUCCAUCAAGGACAGGAUGCCUGUGCCUUCAGUGGAGGACAAGGAGAAGGAACUGGAGGCCAGUAAGAAGGAAAAAGUGAAGGAGGCCAAGUUGGAGGCAGAAGUGAAGAUGUUGAAGAAAGAGAACGAGGCCCUCCGCAGGCACAUUGCGGUACUACAGGCUGAGGUGUACGGAGCCAGACUGGCCGCCAAGUAUCUGGACAAAGAGCUGGCUGGGAGGGUGCAGCAGAUCCAGUUGCUCGGGCGAGACAUGAAAGGACCGGCUCAUGACAAACUGUGGAACCAGCUUGAAGCUGAGAUUCACCUGCACCGCCACAAAACAGUGAUCCGAGCCUGCAGGGGGCGCAACGAUCCCAAAAAACCCUUGCCAUCACCUGCGGGGCAUGACACAGAUUCUCUAAAAAAGUCCCAGGGAGUCGGCCCUAUACGCAAAGUGGUAUUGACCAAAGAAGAUCAUGAAGGACUUGGCAUCUCCAUUACUGGCGGGAAAGAGCAUGGCGUUCCCAUCCUCAUCUCCGAAAUCCACCCCACCCAGCCUGCAGAGCGCUGCGGAGGACUGCAUGUGGGAGAUGCCAUCUUAGCCGUCAACAACAUCAACCUAAGAGACGCAAAGCACAAAGAGGCCGUGACCAUCCUCUCACAGCAGAGGGGGGAAAUCGAGUUUGAGGUGGUUUACGUGGCUCCAGAGGUGGACUCUGAUGAUGAGAAUGUGGAGUAUGAAGAUGACAGCGGUCACCGCUACCGUCUGUACCUGGACGAGCUGGAGGAGGCGACAGGAGCCAGUCACAACAAUGGCACUGCUGACUCCGCUCCCCUACAAGCUGUAGGGAAGCACUUAGUGAACAACAGAACAGAGAACGGAGAUACUGCCUUGUCCAGUGAAUGCCCCUCAGACGACAAGACCUCCAAGACAGCAGAGACUGCAGAAAGUUCCUCUUAGAGCUCCAGACAAACAGAAGGAUCCUGGAGAUGAGAGACCAGAAAGAGAUCAAGUCUGCACGUGUAUAAUAUGUAACAUACCAGAUUCUUCUUUGUUUCUGCCGUUUGGAGAACAGACUACUUCAGCGUCCACUGGAAAUGGAUGAACCACUGAGAGAAGAGGACAUAUUGUUACUCAGUGGCCACAAAGGACUGUUUGCAAAUGUAUGUCACCAUCUUGCUUUAUGGUUGUAAAGAAACUAUGACAAUUUACACAGACGAGUAAAGUGAUAGGAUGGAAUUAUAUAAUAUAAGAGUUGAUUUCCUCUUUAUGUAACCUCUCUGUGCAUUUAAUAACCUUCCAUAGGGGAGAUGAAUAUGAGCUCUAAUGUAGGGCUCCGACUUUAAUGAUUCACUCUUCUUCUCUUGUAUUGAAAUAGAUGGAUAUAGCAGUGAGUUACUGUUUGCUCAGAAUGUAUGCACAUUGUUUUUAACCUCUCUGUUUUAGCCUGAUGUGAUCCUGUACUUCGCUGUCCUCUGCUCUAAACUAAAGCAAAGGCAAACAGAAGGAUGCUGCUUCCUGAUUUGCUCACAUGGUGGUCAGUAGGUGACGGGGACAGAAACGACACAGCAUUUUUUACUAAUAGUAAACAUCCAUAUGCUUUCAUUUUUAUGGUAUACUUCAAGAAUAGAAGUGGAGAGGUGCCAUUCAGUUGGUCCAAAAUAAAUGUUGGGGUGGAUUUCAUAGAAUCCAGGUCUUGCACCCCCCCAUGAAUAUAUUACUUAAUGCAAAAAUCUUUAAAAACUUAAUUUUCUGUGGCAGUUUUUUUAAUUUCCAAUAAAGGACAUAAAUCAGGAUCAAAUUUACAAUGCAACUUGGUUUCAAUAUUUAAUAGUCAAAAAAAAUGUAUACUGAAAAGUGAAAUUUAAAGGUUAAUCCGCUUAUUUCGAUUUGAAUAAUACUUCAUGGAACUGAAUUAAACUAUUUUCUAUAUUUAAAAAAUAAUAAACCUUUUUUUUUUCGUAUUUCAGGACAAUGAAACACACUUCCCUCAAAAACAAAAACAUUGUAACAUGCUACUUUUUAAUUUCAUUAAAUUCCGUAAAAAAAUAAAUAAAACAAAGUAUGACAUCCAAAACAAUGUCACAAUGCAAAAACAAAAAAUACUAAUAAUUAUUGUUCCUAAAAUUAAACAUUAUUUUCUUCAUUUAAUAAAAAAAAAGUACCUUUUUUUUUUAUUUUAAUUUAUUUUAAGGUGAAAUGUGACCAAGACAUUUCUUGACAGCUUUCAUAAAAUCCACCCUUACAUGUCUAUCAAGGUAUUUUUAAACCUCUUUACAAUGUCCAUCUAGAGCUGAUCGUGCCAUUGAACCUAUUGUAUUAACAGUGUCUGUGGAAAAGAUACGGAUAUGAACAGAUUAGGGAAGUGCAUUUUUAUUCUGUGAAAUAAAAAAACAUAAGAGUAAAAAAAUUGAGAAUGAGGAUUCUCAACAACUACCUUGCCCUAUAUUCAUUCUCAGUAGAGUUGGCUGUAGUGCCUCAAAAUCUGUGAAUUGUAAGAUUAUUACUGUUAGAAGAGUUCCUGUAAUCAUCAGUGUUGCUUUCCUACCAUUGAGUUAUUUAACAUAUCACUUUCUCAAUCCGUUCUCUCACUAGCAUUUUCAGAAAGGUGUUUAUCACAUUCUCGCCAUUUAAUGCUCCCUUCUGAAUGUCUGUACGUUGAUUAUUCUAUAUUUAAAUAAAACAUAUGGGCUGCAUAGCAAUAAAACAUUCCUUAGACAAUUACUGUAAUUGUCUCAGGUGUUUGUAGAUGUUAGGCAGAUGAGGGCAGUCGGGACAAUCAGCUCAUUAGCCGUAAGGUCUUUUCUUAUUAGUAUGUUUACUGGUUCAGUGGACUGUUGUAAGUUUUAUUUUCUUGUUACUGAUCUUGGGAGAUGAUUUGUGAGAUGAAAUGCUUCCCACACUGCCAGGGCAUGGCACCGCACAGAUAAAACUUUGACGUGGAGGAACAUUUCUCCUUUUUAUAGCCAGUCCUUUUUUGUGAUUUCUUUUCUGUUAACUUUGUUUAUCCAGUGUCAUGGGAAAUAUCAUAGGGAGAUUGGGAAUAAAUGUUCCUCAUGUAGUUAUUGUAUGACAUGCAAUGUUUCAAUAAACAUAAAUUGAUUUGCCCA